CCUCGGCGCUCGCUGGUGGUCAGGCGGCGCUGCAGCCAGAGUACAGAUAGCUCGCCAGAUCUUGUUCAAGCGCACAACUCACGUCUUACCUCUUGCAAGAAGGUCGAGUAAUCUCGCUGCAACCGCGUCUUGUCUUGCUCCCCUUGCUCUCCGCUUUGACAGGCGUGACAGGCUCUCCGAAGCAGCGUAUCCAAAGAGACGUCACGAGCUCGAAGAUGGUGCAGUUCGAAGGCCGCUUCCAGCACGAACGCUCGGAAAACUUUGAUGAAUUUCUCAAAGCCAUCGGAGUACCUCUGAUCCCGCGCAAGAUGGUGGUGGCUUCGAAUCCCGUGGUGGAAGUGCGGCGCGACGGAGACACAUGGACCAUCCGCAUGAACACCCUCGUGCGCACCGUCGAGUACGUCUUCGAGCCCGGCCAGACCGUUGAGACCGAGACCAUGGGCGGCAUGGCACAGAAUGUCUUCACAAUUGAAGAUGACAAGAUUAUGCAGACUCAGAAAUCAGACACUUACACAACAGAAGUGAUCCGACAGUUCACAGAGGACAGUUUGAUCAUGACAAUCACUCAUGUGGAAUCAGGUAUAAUCUGCCAUCGUUACUUCAGGAGACUUUAGAACACUUCCUUCAGGUUUACAUUUGCCAGGAAGGAAAGUGGCAUCCUUAUUUUUUACAAGAGAGUCGGCCAUGGUCGCGUAGCAUUUUUUACAAGCCUGUUAGUAUAGAACAUUUAUUAUGCACAUACCCCAGUGUACAUGGAUAGAGUAAACAAGGAC